AUGUCUCAAACGCAGCCGAAACCUGUGCAGCUGUCGAUACUGGAAAGUCUACCAGUAGAGAUCAUCCAGAAAAUCUUCCUCUUCAGCCUCGAAGUCAACCUCCCACGAGCCUCUAUCCAUAUCGCCAGGGUCCUAUCUACCCCGCUAGUCUAUACCUGGCUCCUUCGAGUCGCGUUUAGCAGCACCAACGAAAGUUCCAGACAUGACUUCUUCACACGAGACUACCUGCCAGAGGAGGCCGACGUUUUCGCGCUUUCACUGAAGGAGCGUGCGAAGCUACAGACUGCCAUUCUUGAAUGCAGAUGGUGCACAUUGUCACUCAUGCGAAAAUGUCAGCAGGAGUACAUCUGUCAUGUUCUUCGACGGAAAUGCCAGGAUCUCAUCUUCUCCCCGGAAGACCAACGCAUAUUGUCCAAUAUCUCAUCCUAUUUCAAGGACAUGCGCCGCUACGAUCACGGUUCCAUGGGUCGUCGAGGUAGAGGCGACCUUAUCCUCCGCGCAAAGAAACCCGACACGAAUCAAGAAGACCAACAAGAUUCAGGCUCGGGUUCAGGUUCAAAUUCCGAUCGAGCGAUGCUGGUCGCUAUCUGGUUCCAUUUUGGCGCAGUCGAAAUCCGCAGACCGGGCCCCGUGUACUUCACAACUGAUCUCUUUCAUUUCCCGUCCUGUGCUGAAAUUGCCCCCGCGCGAAUGCCAGAUAAGCUCCUCCAGGCACCGUGGGGUGAACCCAAGCUGGAAUUUCUCCGACUACUAUCCCUCGAUGCAUAUAUCGAUGAAGACAGCUCGUGCGCUCGCUCGAAACGCGUACUGCGGCAAUUGAUCCGUGAAAGGGAUUUCGAAACUUUCCAGGUACUCCUGCGGAUGUAUAUACGCAAGAAAGACUACAAUUACCCGUUCUUAUGGCCGGCGCGCAGAUGCCACUUCCUCGAUGCUCUCAGCUACGCAGAGGGCAAGUCGGAUCCGUUUGUAGCGUUACUAUUCCAGGAACGCUGGGAUGAUGUUCCCAUGCGAGAUAAAAGAGUGAAGGAUUUUCUGAUGUCGAUGAUGUUUUAA